UGCUCAACCCCUGACUACUUUCACCUUUCCUACUUUUUAUCAAGAAAUACUCAACGCCUCCUCUCCCAAUCUUUCUCUUACUACCUCUAUAUAGAAAACCCUUUCUGGGUUCUCUUUACUUCCUAUUUUGAGAUCUGGGUUAGCGUUUGUUUCAGUUUUUAUCAAUCUCUUAAGUUUUUGAGCUUCUCUUCUCCUUCAAUAUAGAUGGAUGAUAUAGAUAUUCCAUCUUAUUUUCUAUGUCCAAUCUCUCUCCAGAUCAUGAGAGAUCCAGUGACUAUGUCUUCUGGAAUAACUUACGAGAGGGAGUCCAUAGAGAGAUGGAUAUUCACCAGCAAGAACGGUACAUGUCCAGUCACAAGACAACCCUUAUCUGAUACAGAUCUGACUCCAAACCAUACACUCCGACGAUUGAUCCAAGCAUGGUGUACUCUCAAUUCUUCCAAAGGUAUCGAACGAUUCCCAACUCCAAAACCACCUGUCGAUAAAGCCCAGAUCGUCAAGCUUCUCAACGAAGGUAGAUCACAACAACACCAGAUGAGAUGCCUCCGAAAUCUUAAAUCCAUCGCCGGAGAAAGCGAGAGGAACCGUAGAUGUUUGGAGUCUGCAGGUGUAGUUGAGUUCUUGGCUUCAAUCAUAAACAUAGAAGAUCAUGGAACUAUUGAUGAAGCGUUGGACAUUCUUUAUCAUCUCCAGAUCUCAGAGGUUGGUCUCAAGAACCUCAUCAAUGGCAAAUUCAUGGAAACCUUGUUUCUGGUUUUGGAACAAGGGAGUUAUCGGUCUCGGGCUUAUGCUGUAAUGCUUCUGAAAUCCAUGUUCGAGCUUGCAGAUCCAAUUUACCUGAUGAACAUAAAAGUGGAACAGUUUGUGGAGAUUGUGAACGUGUUGCGUGAUCAGAUCUCACAACAUGCAACCAUGGCUGCAUUACAGGUCAUGGUGGAGCUUUGUCCAUGGGGUCGAAACAAGAUUAAAGCCGUAGAAGCCGGCGCAGUUCCGGUACUGAUCGAGAUUCUUAUCGAGGUAACAGAUCAGAGGAGGGUUUGUGAGAUGGUUUUGGUUGUGUUGGAUCGGUUAUGUAGAUGUGCAGAAGGGAGAGCUGAGUUGUUCAAGCAUGGAGCUGGAAUUGCUGUGGUGUCAAAGAAGAUACUUAGGGUUUCUCAUGUGGCAAGUGAAAGGGGAGUGAGGAUAUUGUCUUCCAUCUCUAGGUUUUCUGCGACUUCAAAUGUUCUUCAGGAGAUGUUGCAGGUUGGGGUUGUUACUAAGUUGUGUUUGGUGCUUCAGGUGGAUUGUAGUCUCAAGACCAAGGAGAAGGCUAAGGAGAUGCUUAGGUUGCACUCUAGGGUUUGGAAGAACUCAUCUUGUAUCCCUGUCCAUUUAAUCUCUUGUUAUCCAUCAUCUUCUAGAGAUAUCCAUAACCACACAUAAAUAUUGAGGGGGAGAAAGAUUUUGCCCUUUGUUUACAAAACGUACUGGAUAAGGUAUAAUACAUGCAUGCAUGGACAUGGAAAUUCCUGUUCAGCACAGAAGAAAUUUCCCUUGAAUAGAAGUUUGUUCUCCAUGUUUUUGCAA